AACAAUACAAGAGAAACCGUUUCAGGAUGAGUGGGCUAUUCUUAUCUACUUUCCAUUUGAUUCUUCUUCUACAAGUCUACGGUGAUGAGGAUAGACUCUUCAAUGAUUUAUUAAAAAGCUAUAACAAAUUCGUAAAGCCUACUGGACUUGUUAGUGCUUCUAUUGGAUUAUCUAUAAAUGAUAUUAUAGAGUUUGAGGAUGACAUCAUUACUUUUAAUGUUUGGGAAGAAAGAGUAUGGAAUGAUAGUAGACUAUCGUGGUCACCGGAAGAAUAUAAUAUAGACACUAUAAAUAUUCCUCUUAAAGAGAUUUGGAGUCCUGAUAUUACCAUAUACAAUAAGGCACGUAAAGAGAUUGAUCUUGUUGAUGCUCUAGUAAUGAUUAACAACGAUGGAAGUCUCAUGUAUGUUCCAGCAAAACUGAUAACGGUCAGAUGCACACUCGAUGGAAAAGUAUAUACUUGCAAUUUCAAAUAUGGAUCAUGGACCUAUGAUGGAUUCAAAAUGGACCUAGACAUUAAGGGUGAUAAGAAAGUAGAUUUAAGCCAUUACUCAGGCAAAUAUAAAAUUAUCGAAUCUGGUGCAUUUCGUCAUGAACAACACUAUAGUUGUUGUCCAGAACCUUACAUAGAUGUUACAUUUAAAGUAACUAUUGCAAAAAAUUAAACUAUCGAGUUUGUUAUUAUUAAUAUUGAUUAUAUUAAUAUCAGAAUAAAAUAAUAUUAUGGCAU